AAAAGAUGAUUGAUCUUGACUAAAUCAAAUUGGAAUAAAUAAAUGAAUUUAAGGCAAUCUAAUUAAUAACUUUUGUUUCAUAAAAUAAUAAGUUUGAAUUGAAUAGUGAAGCAGCUAAAUUUUUGAGUUAAUUAAGAGGAAACAUAGCAUUUGUUGUAAUUUGUGGAAAAUACAGAACAGGAAAGAGUUUCUUAUUGAAUAAAUUGAUUGAUGUUUAGAAUGAAGGAGUAAUUGUUUUGUUUGUUAUUAAAUUUUAGUUUUAAGUAAGUCCUACAACAACUUCUUGCACUUAAGGAAUAUGGUUAUAUACAAAACCAAUAAUAAAUAAGCAAAGCAAUCUUUAAAUAUAUUUUUUGGAUACAGAAGGCAGUGAAUCAGGAGCAAAAUCAUAAGCUCAUGAUGCCAAAAUAUUUGCUUUAGCGAUUUUAAUGAGUAGCACGUUCAUGUUCAAUUCUAUAGGAUGUAUUGAUGAAUAAUCAAUAAUUUAACUUCAUCUUACUACAUUAUUAUCAAAGAAUAUUUAAGUUUAAGAUCAUGAUAAUAGUAAUAAUGAAAAUAUAUUGGGUUAUUAUACUCCUAAAUUCAUUUGGUUAUUAAGAGACUUUGUACUUGAAAUGAAGGAUGGAUAAAAUAGAAAGAUUACACCUAAAGAAUAUUUAGAAUUAGCAUUACAUGAUGAUCGUUAAUAUUAGAGUGAGAAUUCUAAAAAAGUUAGAAAAACAUUACUGACAUGUUUUAAAGAUAGAAAUUGUUUUUAAUUUGUUAGACCUGUUAUAAAUGAAAAUAACUUAUAAAAGGUUAAUUAAUUACCAAACAAUUAAUUAAGAGAGGAAUUCUAAUAAUAAGUAAAACAGUUUAAUUUGAUAUUAAGGUUAUUUAAUUAAGAGAAUAUUUAUUCAAAAACACUUCUCCAAAAUAACUGAACGGAGUUAAUUUAAAUGGUAGAAUGUUCUGUAAUAUGAUUGAAACUUUUAUUACUAAUUUUAAUAAGGGUAAGGUUCCAAUCAUUUCAACAGCAUGGGAGCAUAUUGUAGAAACUGAAUGUCAAUAAGGUUUGAUUUAAGCUAAAUCAUCAUAUGAAGAUAAUCUUAGAAAAUAUUUUCAUGCUGACGAAGCCAAAUCUUUUGAAGAAAUAUUUUAAAUCUUAAAAAAAAUAAGAGAUGAAUCAUUUUAAACUUUUCAUUACAUAGCAGGUAUAAGGGAAAAAAAUAAUCAUUUUGAAGAAUACAAGAAAAAACUCUUAGAUUUUAUGACAGAAAAAGAAAAUUUAGCAAUCAGAUUAAAUGAUGAUAUGAAUAAUACGUAUUCAUUUUUUAUUAUUUAUUUAUUUAGAAAGAAUGAAGAAGUCAUUGCUGAAGUGUCUCAAAAAUUAAAAGAAAAUCUAGAUCAAGAAACUUUUACUAUUGAUAACUUAGAAGUAUUCUUUUAACAUUUUAAUGAGUAAUAAUUUAUUUAUUUUUAGAUUUCUCACAGCUUAUGAUAAAAAAUCUGCUGGAACUGAAAAAGCUAAUACUUUAAUACAUUUUUUAUAAAAUCAUCAUCCCAUUAUUGUAAAGUAGUUAAUUAAUUCUGUUGUGUAAAUAAAAUUAUCUUAUUUUUUAGAUAAAAAUAUAGCAAAAAUAAGAAUUAAGCAGAAGAGGAGAAAGCUGUUCAAUAAGUUAAAGAGAAACAAUUAUUAGAUAAUAUCAAAAUUUUAGAACAAAAUAUAUCAUAACAUGAAACAAAAAUAAAAAAAUUAGAUUAGGAUAAAGUAUAAUUAGAAGCUUAAAAAAAAUAAUUAUCUGAUUAACUUAGCAAAUUGUAAACUGAAAAUAAAACAAUCAGGUAUAUAAAUAAUUAAAAUAUUUUAGAGAUAAUAUAAAAGACGUAGAUGAAUUAUAAAAUAUGAUUGCUCAAAAAAAUGAAGAAAUUCAAGGUCUUAAAAAAAUCAUUACUGUAAAUAAAUGCUUAUUAAUUAUUAGUCAUUAUAAACUAAAAAGAAGAAAGGUUGUUGCGGAUGAACC